AUGACACCACCCUGCGACCCAAUGCUUCUCGAUCAAGUACAUUCCGAGCCCUUGUCUCUGGACACCCGCCUACCGAGAACCGAGAGGGACCAAUCGUUACAGGAAGAAGAAGAGGGCAAGGCAACGGUCGAGCUGGCCAAUAUUAUGACCACAGCCUCAAACCCGGUAUCGCCGGCACCCGUUUCCGCGCACCCGGAUCCUCGAAAUGCCACGAUGCGGAGGGCCACUUGUCCAGCCGAGGACUUGAUGGAUCUAGACGAGCCCGGCCAUUGUCAACCGCCUGCAGACGCCCUGCCUGGACCGAGCCAGAGAGUUGGUGUAAACCUCAACCAUCUCCCCGCCGAGAUCCACGAAUGCAUCCUCGACCACUUGUUCGGCUUUCGCGUAUCACCAGCCUCAAAGAGCUCCAUCGUACGAUGGGGCACCGCACUGAGGCACUCGAGGCGAAGAGAACUGUCAGAGUUAUCGUUGGUCAGCAGUGUAUGGAGGGUCUUGAUUCAGGAGCGAUUAUAUCGGCACAUCAAGCUCAAAGCCACGAUAGAGUCGUUGCGCAGCUCGUUUUCGUGGUUCUGCCAAAACCCGCAUCUGCGCUGCUACGUCAAGCACAUCGAGGUCUGGUUUCCUGUCUUCCAGCCAAAGUAUGGACCCUUGGCAGUCUCCAACACCAAUGUUUUGCCUACCGUCACUGCCGAUGGCUUGACCAAUGCCACCUACAUACUACCGGGCAACAACUGUUCCCUAGAAGAGGCCUUUUACUUUGUCGCCGAGACUUUCCCCGAGGUUUCCGUCCUGACCCUGGAAGGUGGUGAAAGAAAGAAAGCGCCGAAAGUGCGUCAUUGGAUUCGGGAAGAACGCGGGCAGCUUAGGGCAAUGCCCAAGGUCAAAACCGUUCGGACGCUUAUCUGCAAGGGACAGUGGAACCUGAUCAGGAGUCUGGAAGACUGGGAAGCCAUCAUGUCGGCUCUCCCCAACUUGCAGGAAUGGCACGGUUCCUAUAGUAAGCCCAAGUCCAAGAGUUAUCUCACUAUGGCCGAAGUUCUUGGGCAGCCCAUGAGCUUGUCCACGCUUAAUCUCUGCAUUGAAGGCGAUUAUCGGCGAGAACUGUCCUUUCCCCAUUAUUUCAACAAAGUCAGGACCAAGGUGCAUUUCUGCUCGACGCUGGCACAAGCUGCGGCAUUACCUUCGAUGGAACACAUAUCUUAUACGGGAAGGGUUUGCAAGCAGUUCUUCAUCGACCUGGCAAACCGGCUGAAGGACGUCCGAAAUCCUCGUCUCAGAUCGAUCGAUAUUACGGUCAAGAACUGCUGCCGAAACGUAACACACUGGAAUGAAUCUGGGUCGGGGAUAACAGACAUGUUUUUCAUCAAGGCAUUUGAGGCUCUGGUACUCGCAGGUAUUCGCUCCUUGGAGAAGCUGAGCUCGGUCAAGUACCUGCGCAUUCGUUAUGUUGACCUCGAUUCCCCUGUUCCUCCGUUAAAUCCCUACUUCCAGUUGCGCAACGGCUGGGCUUCCGGUGUCUGGAGCGAGGUUAUUGUUAGCGAACUCAACCGCGUCCGGCCCUCGGUUCGCUUCGAGGAAUUGGCCGAGUCUUUUGGUGAGGUCGGCUACAGCAAGGAUGGCAGGAUAGUCAUAAAUCCUGACUUCCCAAGGGCCAGGGCUCUGUCGCUAAAGCUGUCUAACUAUCGCAUGCUGAGCGGUGGAAUUUCCAUUUCGCAAUCGGGCUGA